UCUCUCUCUCGGUGCGUAAAGACGCACUCCCGGCUUGCUUGACGGUUGGUGUUUCUCAGGUCGCGCUGCCGCCCAGACUUCAGGUUGGGGAGCCGUCACGUAUUUACUGACGGGGACACGCGAGUUUUCGUACCGAUGCUCCAUCUGUUCGCGAAGGCACUAUUUGGGGAGAUAAACCGAACCAACCGUCAUUUUCCUUUCCGUUUUGCCGUUUCGUGUCAACAAGUUCAAAUCCAGAUUCUCUCAGUCUGUCUGCCACCGGGAGGGAUAUAACGGACCCGCUGCUCCCUCUUGUAUCACCAACUCACCAAAGGGAGAUUUAUUUCCAUUAAAACUUUGGAAUCUUUUUUUCAACUGCGGUAAACAAAAAGAAUCAGAGCGCGCAGAGAAUGAUGGCGCGACGCAUUUACCAAAACCUGGUUUUCUCGUCCAUGUUUGGAUGCUUGGUUUGGCUAACGGUGGUUUCUGUCGUUCACGCUGACGGUCGUGUGUUUCUAUUGGACCAGAGAAACACGUCUGAUUCCGGGGGAUUGGCCGAGGCAGAACAUGCGUGUGCUAUCCAUGAUGCCCGGCUGGCGUCGACCGAGGAGCUGCGUCACGCCGUGAUGGAGUGUUCCUUCUCUGCCUGCACACGAGGAUGGCUGGACGGGGGCAGCGUGGGGACUACAGUGUGCAGUAAUCAGGGCAGUGCUCUGAAGUCAGUGGAUCUGAAGAUAGAGAACGCUACAGAGGACAACACACACCUGGAUGCUUUCUGUGUCAAAGACAAAGGUGGUCCAUGUGGCGAUCCCCCUGCGUUCCCCAACAUGCGUCUCCAGGGCCACACAGGGUUUGAGAUGGGGGACGAGCUGCUGUACUCCUGUCUUCCUGGUCAUGUGAUGCCCGGCGGCCACUCAGCAUUCAGCCUGCUGUGUGACAGCUGUGGAGAGUGGUAUGGACUGGUACAGCUUUGUGGCAAAUACGAGACAGAGACACACAUCGACUAUGAAGAUAUGUUCACUGACCACGAUCACCACCUCUCCUACGACACCCCUGCAGAGGAGGAGAACACAGAGGAGGAGAACACAGAGGAGGAGGUGGACACAGAAGAAGAGGAGCACAGCGAUCAGGAGCAGCAAGAGGCCAGCUUCAGUGUGGAGGCAGGAGGAGAGGAGGAGGAGGCAGGAGGAGAGGAGCUGUCUGUGGGAGAGGAGGUGGGGGGAGGAAUGGAGGAAGAGGUGGAAGACUCGACAGACCCUCCCGUUGAGAAGGAGGAGGCAGGAGGAGAGGAGGAGGCAGGAGGAGAGGAGCUGUCUGUGGGAGAGGAGGUGGGGGGAGGAAUGGAGGAAGAGGUGGAAGACUCGACAGACCCUCCCGUUGAGAAGGAGGAGCAGGUGGAGGAGGCAGGAGGAGAGGAGCUGUCUGUGGGAGAGGAGGUGGGGGGAGGAAUGGAGGAAGAGGUGGAAGACUCGACAGACCCUCCCGUUGAGAAGGAGGAGCAGGUGGAGGAGAUGUUAGAGGUGACUGAGGCGCCAGUCUCCCUGAUAUCUCAGAAGCACCUGUUCUGGUUCCCCUCAGAGGCCACCCAGGAGGUGGGACAUGUGGAACCCACCCACCCGCUAGUCACACAGGACACACCCACUGAGGGGGACAACCCUGUCAGGGCCUCCGGCAGCGAAUCAAUGGAGAGCAAGCAAGACGACAGCCAACCAGAGGAGACGAAGGAUUAUGACAGCCAUGAGGGUCGCUUCCAACAACCAAUUGACCACGACGACCAUGAUGACCAUCACCACGACGACCAUGAUGACCAUCACCACGACGACCAUGAUGACCAUCACCACGACGACCAUGAUGACCAUCACCACGACAACCAUGAUGACCAUCACCACGACGACCAUGAUGACCAUCACCACGACGACCAUGAUGACCAUCACCACGACGACCAUGAUGACCAUCACCACGACGACCAUGAUGACCACGAAGAUGAUGCUGACCGUGAACAUAACCACAAUGACCACGACGGUCAAACAGAUCCUGGUCACGACGAAAGCUCUGAGGGUGAAGACCAUGUUGUUGAACGCCUUGACCACAAUGAUCAUGAUGACCAUGAAAGCUAUGGCAGUGAAGACGCCCACCGUGAGGCCCAAGGAGAACACGAGGAGGAUGAUAACCACGGUGUACAUGAUGACCACGAAGGUCAUGACCCCGGUCAUGUAACCGAUCACCAUGACGACCAUGUCCAUGAUCACCUUGAUGAAGACCAGAGUGAACAUGAAGAUGAUCGUAGUGACCCUAACAGUCACGACCAUCACUACGACGACCAUGAUUAUGAUGACUAUGUGAUCCCCCCCGUCGGCAUGACAACAGGCGAGCCUCAGAAUGUAAAACCCACCGCCAGCACCGACGAGACCUGGUUGGACGGCUACCCUGUUAGUCAGGAGGAGACCGACGCUGAUAAAGUGGGCGGUGGAUCCUCAGAGGAAGGGGUGGAGCUUGAGGUGGGAGUGGAGGAAGAGGAGGGUGUUGUGGUUGUCGGGGCGACAGACCGGCCCAAUGAGGUGGAGUUGAGUCGUCCCACCCCGUUCACGGGAGUCCCCCAGGUCCCCCUGUCCCCCACACAGGGGGCGAACUCUGUAGAGCAGGAUCAGGACCAGGGCUUGGUGGGAGGACUCACCCCUACAGCCUCACCCGACCUACCUCUCUCCCCCGAGGCCACAGCCUCACCCGACCUACCUCUCUCCCCCGAGGCCACAGCCUCACCCGACCUACCUCUCUCCCCCGAGGCCACAGCCUCACCCGACCUACCUCUCUCCCCCGAAGCCACAGCCUCACCCGACCUACCUCUCUCCCCCGAGGCCACAGCCUCACCCGACCUACCUCUCUCCCCCGAGGCCACAGCCUCACCCGACCUACCUCUCUCCCCCGAGGCCACAGCCUCACCCGACCUACCUCUCUCCCCCGAAGCCACAGCCUCACCCGACCUACCUCUCUCCCCCGAGGCCACAGCCUCACCCGACCUACCUCUCUCCCCCGAAGCCACAGCCUCACCCGACCUACCUCUCUCCCCCGAGGCCACAGCCUCACCCGACCUACCUCUCUCCCCCGAGGCCACAGCCUCACCCGACCUACCUCUCUCCCCCGAGGCCACAGCCUCACCCGACCUACCUCUCUCCCCCGAGGCCACAGCCUCACCCGACCUACCUCUCUCCCCCGAGGCCACAGCCUCACCCGACCUACCUGCCACAGCCUCACCCGACCUACCUCUCUCCCCCGAAGCCACAGCCUCACCCGACCUACCUCUCUCCCCCGAAGCCACAGCCUCACCCGACCUACCUCUCUCCCCCGAGGCCACAGCCUCACCCGACCUACCUCUCUCCCCCGAGGCCACAGCCUCACCCGACCUACCUCUCUCCCCCGAAGCCUCAGAUUCACAUUCAGCCGACUACGCCACCCCCUCUCUGACAUCAUCACUGGAUGACGAUGCCUCCGGCAACACAGCCAGGCCUUCUCCCACAGGCUCCUGGGAAACCACGGAUCACGUGCACCCUUUCCUGGAGCACGGCCCCGCACCCACAGCGUGGACUGAUGACGUCAUCGACGAGGAGGAACGUUCGGCCCAGCACAACCUGACUCGACACAGCGGGGAGAUGGAGGGUGAGGAGGAGGAGAGCGAAGGUGAGACGGGGGAGACAGGGUGUACUGGGGGUGAGGAGGACUGCCCUCCUCCCCCUCCUCCCUCCUCCGGCAGGGGUUCCACGGUUGCAGCCAUUGUGGUUGCUAUGUGCGCGGUUGCCGUGGCAGCCACCAUCGGGGCGUGGUGUUACUGGCGAAAACAGCAGAAGAGCUCGAUGUACGAGAUGAACGGGAAGGAUCAGAGUCACAGCAGACAUGGACAACAGAUAGAGAUGCAACAGAAAGUCUAAGAUAAAGAGAGAGACAGUGGAGAUACAGAGAGUAGAGGGGAGGGGGUAGGGAGGGGGAUGUAGGUGAGGGUAUUUGGGGGGGAGUUGAACAGACACACACUACACCUGCAGAGACAGAAGAAUGAGUUGAGGGGUGAGGAAGGAUUGGGGGUGAGGGAGGGUGAGGGUGGGGCUAACCCUAGCAGGAGUUUUCAGCUCUGGUGACUUCUCCUCCAGAGCUCUGGGACAUUGAGGUACAGAAUUAUACGUGUUUGUUACUGUUAUUAUUGUGUAAUUGCCAUGUUACUGUAUAAUACCAUGUUACUGUGUAAUUACAAUAAUAUUUACCAUGUUCCUGUGUAAUUACUAUGAUAGUGUAAUUACCAUGUUCCUGUGUAAUUACUAUGUUCCUGUGUAAUUACUAUGUUAGUGUAAUUACUAUGUUCCUGUAUAAUUACUAUGUUCCUGUGUAAUUACCAUGUUCCUGUGUAAUUACUAUGUUCCUGUGUAAUUACUAUGUUCCUGUGUAAUUACUAUGUUCCUGUGUAAUUACUAUGUUACUGUGUAAUUACUAUGUUCCUGUGUAAUUACUAUGUUCCUGUGUAAUUACUAUGUUCCUGUGUAAUUACUAUGUUCCUGUGUAAUUACUAUGUUCCUGUGUAAUUACUAUGUUCCUGUGUAAUUACCAUAAUAAUUACUAUGUUCCUGUGUAAUUACCAUAAUAAUUACUAUGUUCCUGUGUAAUUACUAUGUUACUGUGUAAUUACUAUGUUCCUGUGUAAUUACUAUGUUCCUGUGUAAUUACUAUGUUCCUGUGUAAUUA